AUGGGGCGAAUCCCCCACAGACCGGGCAGCCCUUGGACGGGGAUUCUCCUGGCAGCCUCUGUCCUGGGCUCCUGCCUCCAGCCGGCGCUGGCCCAGACCCCAGUGACCAUCGUCAUCACCCCGCGGAGCCCCGUGGUGGGAGGGGACGUCAGCCUGGCCCCACAGCCACCGCCACAGAACUUGGUGAUCUGCAGCUGGUUCCGAUCAGCGACCGCCACUGAUGGAAACAGCCGGAUCCUCAGUUACAGUCCAGCUACAAGCCCCCCUCAGACCCCUGGCCCGGCCCACACGGGGCGGGAGACAUUGGGGCCGGGCUGCGCCCUGAACAUCGCGGGGUUAACGCUCAAUGACACCGGGAACUACACGGUGCUGAUACAGACCCCUGGUUUCCUCACCAUCCCAGUCAAUCUGCGUGUCUAUGAAAUGCUGCCCAGGCCCACGGUGAUGCCCGACCAAACCCAGGUGCUGGAGAAUGGGACCUUCACCCUCAUGUGUAACAGCUCCCCCAGCGUCGACACCGUGCUCUGGCUCCGGAACAGUCCUACACUCGCGCCCAGUGAGCGGCUGGGGCUGUCCCCUGACAACCGGACCCUCACGGUGCUGGGUGUCACCUGGGGCGAUGCCAGCGCCUACCAGUGCGUGGUCGGGAACCCCGUCAGCACCAACCGCAGUGAGCCCAGCACUGUGACAGUGACCUAUGGGCCACAGUCUGCCAGGAUAGACCCACCAGGACCCAUUGGUACUGCCCUCGGGUCCCCGCUCACCCUGACGUGCGUCGCUGACUCCGUCCCAGCCCCAAGCUAUCGCUGGGGUCUCAACAGCACCGACACUAACGAGACUGGGUGCAGCUUGACCUUUAACCCCACAACCUGGGCUCAGCAGGGCACGUACGAGUGCCGGGCUCACAACCCCGUCACCAACCGCACUGCCUGGGCGUCUGUCGCCGUGCGGGUGACAAGGACGGAUGCCCUUCGCCCAGGUGCUCCUUCAGGUCUCUCUCCCUGGGCCGUCACUGGGAUCGUCAUCGGGUCACUGGUGGGGGCAGCGCUCGUCGGAGCCGGGGUCUAUCUCCUCUACGCUCGCUGCCAGAAUGAAACCCCCAAGGAGAACGGGGCACCCGUCCUGGUGUACGAGAACCUGCCCCCGACAGCCUGGGUGGGGUCUGCGGCCCAGCCCGGGAAUCCCCCUGACCCCAGCCCCACAUACCAGCCGCUGCAGCCCCGACAGCCGGACGUGUACGAGGAGCUGAAGAAGUGA